AUGCGUUUUAUUCCAGUCCUUGCGACUGCCUUCCUGGCCGUCUCCUCGGUCACAGGCGCGUCGCCUACCGCUGCAGCAUCCACGGCUGCUGCUUCUGCUGCUGACAGUCAGAACAGCGUGGCUGCUGCUGCCGACAAUGUGGCCGAUACCAUUGCAAAUGCGGCUACCACCGCAGCCAAUGCCAAUUCCAAUGCUGCGGAGGCCGCCGCAACAACCGCCGCCGCCGCCAAUGCUGCCAAUUCGGAGGAGUCCGCUGAGGACACAGCCACCAGUGCAGCUGCUAAUGCGAAUGCCAAUGCUGCCUCGGCCAAUGCUGCCUCAGCCAACGCUGCUACCGCCGAUGCCAACACCGUAAACUCGAUUGCUGCCGCUGCUACGAACAGCGCUGCCGCUUCCACUGCUAGUGCUAGCGCGGCUGCUGAGUCUGCCAACACCGAGAGCACAGCUACUAGCUCUAGCACCAAAUCCUCGUCUACCGACUCUACCGACUCAAGUAGCAGCAGCAGCAGUAGCAGUGGCCUUCUAAGCAGCAUUGAGAGCCUUCUGUCUGGUUCUGGUCUUAGCUCCAUUGGCACUGAUCUGAGUGAGUUGGCCUCGGGUCUGGAGAAUCUGUUGAACCCCGAUUUCUUGAACGAGGUCACCUCAACUUUCAAGUAUCUGUCCACCAGUCUGGCUCCCCCUGUUGAUACCAACAUCCGAGUCCUGCUUUCCACCGAGAACACCCAGGCUAUUGGUGACCUCAUUACCAAUGCCAACACUCUCUUGUCGGCUAAGAACACCAAGACCUUGAGCAACAUCCUGGACAAGGCGGAUGUUCUGCUGUCUGACCAGAACCUGGCUGGCAUUGAGAAGCUGCUUAACAACAUCGACAAGGUUAACGACCUUAUCGACAAUGCUGACGACUUGCUCAGUGCCAAGAAUGUCAAGUCUAUUGAGAGCCUGGUUAACAACGCCAACGAUCUGCUGACUACUGAUGUGACCAACGCCCUGAAGAAGAUCUUGGGCGAUGUCGUCACCCUACUGCCCAACUUGGAGGACUUCCUCACCAAGGAGACUUUCGACGAGCUCGCCAGCUUGCUGAAGAACGGCAACUCUCUUCUGACAGAGUCCUUCGUCACCGAGACCCAGAACUUGAUCAAGAGCGCCACUGCUCUCCUGACCACAUCCGUAACCAACGCUCUCAAGGAGAUCCUUAAUGCUGUUGUGCCUCUGCUGCCCCAGCUCAAGUCCUUCCUCACUGUCUCGACCUUUAAUGACCUGGAGAGUCUGCUCAAGAAUGGCAAUUCCUUGCUCUCUGCGAACUUUGUCUCUGAGACCAAGAGCCUGGUUGCUUCAGCCUCUGACCUGCUUACUACCUCUGUCAGCAACUCACUCAAGGAGAUUCUCAAUGCUGUUGUGCCAUUGCUGCCGGAGAUCAAGGGCCUGCUCACCAACGACACUAUCUCGGAAAUCCAGACUCUGCUCACCAACGGCAACGACCUGCUGUCCGACUCCUUUGUUUCGGAGACCAAGUCUCUCGUGGCUGGUGCUUCUGCCUUACUUACUACUUCGGUCAGCAACUCGCUCAAGGAGAUUCUCAAUGCUGUCGUGCCAUUGCUUCCGGAGAUCAAGAGCCUACUCACCAAGGCCACUAUCACCGAUAUUCAGACUUUGCUCACCAACGGCAACGAUCUUCUAUCCGAUUCGUUCGUUUCGGAGACCAAGACGCUUGUGGCUGGUGCUUCUGCUUUGCUUACUACUUCGGUCAGCAACUCGCUCAAAGAGAUUCUCAAUGCUGUUGUGCCACUGCUCCCCGAGAUCAAGGGCCUGCUCACCAACGACACUAUCUCGGACAUCCAGACUUUGCUCACCAACGGCAACGACCUGCUGUCCGACUCCUUUGUUUCGGAGACCAAGUCUCUCGUGGCUGGUGCUUCUGCCUUACUUACUACUUCGGUCAGCAACUCGCUCAAGGAGCUUCUCAACGCUGUUGUGCCAUUGCUUCCGGAGCUCAAGAGCCUUCUCACCAAGGCCACUAUCACCGACAUCCAGACUCUGCUCACCAACGGCAACGACCUGCUUUCCGACUCCUUUGUAUCAGAGACAAAGUCUCUCGUGGCCAGCGCUGCUGGUCUCUUGACCACCUCGGUGUCGAACGCUCUCAAGGAGAUCCUCAGCGCUGUCGUUCCUCUGCUCCCAGAGAUCAAGACCUUCCUCACCAAGGAAACCUUGGAGGAGCUCGAGGACCUGCUCAACAACGGCAAUGCCCUCCUCACCAGCUCAUUCGUCAACCAGACCCAGAGCCUGGUCAGCAGCGCGGACGAUCUGCUCACCCCAUCGCUGGUCUCUGGUCUCAAGAGUAUCCUCAGCGAGGUGACCCCGCUCCUCCCCGAGGUCGAGAAGCUCCUCACCAAGGACACCAUCGAGAUGAUCUCCUCCCUCCUGAUGAACGCCAACGACCUCCUCUCGCCAACCUUUGUCAACGAGACCGAGUCCCUCAUCUCGGGCGCUCACGAUCUCCUGACACCCUACGUGGUGGGCGGUCUCAGCGAGCUCCUCAACCACCUGGUGCCAGUCGUCCCCAAUAUUACCGCGGACUUCCUCAACGCCACGACCCUCAAGAACCUGACCUACCUCUUGGGCAACGGAACCACCCUCCUGGACACCGCCUUCGUCACCGAUACCAAGAACCUUAUCGACGAGGCUGGCGAGCUCCUCACGCCCUCGACUGUCAAGUCCCUCAGCGGUCUGGUGAGCAGUCUCGACAAGUCUAUGCCCGAGCUCGAAUCCCUCCUGCAGCCGGCUACUAUCAAGGAAUUGCACUCCCUUCUGACCAACGCUGGUGACCUACUUACCACCAAGUUCGUGAACGAGACGGCUACUAUUAUUGAUGAUGUCUCGGCCUUGUUGCCGUUGAUUGAUGGGAUUCUGAACUCCCUGUAA